AAUAAUCAGAUAUUACCAUGGUUGACAUUCAGGCCCCGUUGUUUAAAAUUCUCAGUAAAACAGAAGACAAAAUUCGCUUCCAUUACGUGCAUUAUCUGGUGGACCAGUGUGCCCACACCGAGGGCAGAAAAUUGAAUCUCGCUCGCUUUAAGCUUAGAUCGGUUCCCGCAACCCUGGUCAGCUGCUGCCCUUUUCUGACUAAAUUGUCCCUAGAUGGCAAUUGCCUAACAUCGGAAUCAAUCAUCGUCCUCCGGUCGCUAAAGUUUCUUCGACAUCUAGCGCUGAACGACAACGAAUUAAGCCAUUUCCCGGAGGAACUGUGUCGGCUCAAGUUUGUCGAAUUUCUCAACAUCAGUGGCAAUCCGGUUGCCGAACUACCUGAAGCGGUUGGAAAAUUGAAAAAUCUAAUUACUCUCUGGUGUAAUGAUAUGCUGCUGGAGCGGCUUCCGGAGGCCUUUGGCCAGCUACAAAGACUGAAAACUUUUGGCGCUCGAAACAAUCGACUCUCGGAGCUUCCUGUCUCGUUUGGGCAGCUUCGUCGUCUGAAAUGGCUCACUCUGGAGAAUAAUCUUCUAAGCGAACUGCCGGCCGAGUCAUUCCGGUUGCUCUAUCGUUUGGCCCAUCUCAACCUGAAGGGAAAUCAUUUCCAUCAACUGCCGGAUGUGCUGCCGGAACUGAGACGAUUACAAUUUUGCUCCUUUGAAAGUAAUUUGAUUGCAACGAUUCCUGAAGAUUUUCUGGACGAACUGAACUUUGUCGGCACUUUAAUAUUGACCGGGAACCCUCUGGAUCCCAGCAUCUUCACAAAUCAGGAAAACAUGAAAGCCCCGGAUUUGAAUUUCAUAUUCGACAUCUGGAACGAGGAACUGACAGAGGAUUGGAUCCACAGCUUACCCAACAGUGAACUUAACUCGCCAAAUUCCAGCGAUGGCGAAAACAACGAUCCGGAAGAUUUCGAACCGUACCAACUUCAGCUGACCGAAAUGGCCAGAUUCAGUUGUGGAGUGUAGUGAUAAAUCCGAUUGCUGUCGUACCCAGUACAAUAAAUUCAAUUCCCCAUCGGCUUCGUUCGUCAUCAUC